AUGGUCACGUUUAUGGUAGCUGUGGUCCCUCGAGUCAGUCGACGAGGUGGGGCGGUGACGAGCCCCGCGGUGGUCGUCGUAUGGACGGGCAUCCCGAUCUCUGUCUCUCUCUCGUUCCCUGUCCCGAUCACGCACCCUACGUCCAUCUCUGUCCCUAUCUCUGUCUCUGUCCCGACUAGAUCCAACGCUAGGGUCCCAACGAUCUGCCAUAGACUCCCAACGGUCUCCCGGCUGCCAAUGGUGGACAUUCUGUCGUCGAUGCUGCUCUCGCGAGGGUGGCAAAGUCGAACCUGA